ACAUAUAUUUUAAUUUAUUUUUUUGUAUGCACGUUUUGCUCCGUCGUCUAUGGCGGAUAUCUAUCGAGAACACGGCGACAUCGGGAACAGUGGCCACGGCAACGGUGAAAUUAGCCGGCACGAAAUUCAAUCCGCCAUUGCCAAAGCUGUGGAGCUCAGAGCUCUCCACGCCGCUCUGAUGCUGGGAAACAGCCCCGCCGCCGCCGCCUCCGCCGCCAGUAUCAGGUUCCCGUCUCCUUCCCCAAUUUCUCGCCAUGCUUCGCAUUUAUCUGCCCAGGAUUACCCUGUUUUCACCCCUAGUUACGACGACGAACCGUUGCCGGGAUACCAACAGCAAAUUGCAGCGGAGAACCGAAACUACUCCGAGAGUUGGGGGGCCCACACCUUAGACGAAACCGAUUACAGAACAACAAAUGGAUCUUCGAGAAAAGCAUUCCCGUAUUCGGAUUCGACCAACUUCGAUCCUCAUGUAUGCCCUGCAGCAGAAGAUCAAAACUCCACAGUAGGUUCUAAUGCUUAUAACAACAGCAGCAACACUAAUGCUGCUCUUCACAAAGCUUCGCCGGGUCCCGAUUAUUAUUCCAAGUCGAGGCGAAAUAGCAUGGGCGACAUUCAAUCGAUUUCGUCCUGCAACAAUUGCAAGCCAGCUGUAAUAAUAAGUGCCGAUCCGGACGGGCUCCACAAGAACGGUAGAAAAUCGAACAUUGUUGUUCCGUUAACGGAUUCGCACUCAUCUCUUCACCCACAGCCGAGAAACAAGGGGCUCGGACUCUCGUGGCUGUUCCCUAAUCUGAAGAAGAAGAAGAACAAGAACAAGAAUGAAGAUUAUUCGCCCUCGGAAGAAUAUUAUCCACAAAUUCUCAAGAAAGAGCUAAUGGAAGCGAACGAGAGCAGAGAUGCGGCUUUGAAUGAGGUUUCGGAAAUGAGGUCUUCGUUAUCGGAGCUUAAUCAGAAGCUGGAGUAUCUCGAGACUUACUGCGAAGAACUCAAGAAGGCCUUAAAACAAGCCGUGCAAUUCAAGAUUUCCGAUCAAUUGCCCGUCGAAAAGCUCGUAAAUAUUCCUCACAAGAGUGGAAAUGGGGAAAACUCGAUGCCCGUGAGCGAGGAAGUAAUGGUUGAAGGGUUCUUGCAAAUAGUAUCGGAAGCGAGAUUAUCGGUGAAGCAAUUCUGCAAGACUCUAAUCGGACAAAUCGAAGAAACGGACCCCACUUUAAUCGACAACUUGAACUCGCUCCUUCAACCGUACAAACUGUCCCUCGACUCGAAAUACUCGAAAGCAGUGCUGUACCAUUUGGAAGCCCUCGUAAACCAGUCGUUGUACCAAGAUUUCGAGAACCCCAUUUUCCAGAAAAACGGGGCAACAAAGAUACUGGACCCGCAGCAAGACCGCUUAGCCCGAUUCCAAUCAUUUGUUGCUUUGAGGAAUCUCAGUUGGAACGAAGUGUUGAGAAAAGGGACCAAGUGUUACAGUGAGGAGUUCAGUAAGUUCUGUGAUCAGAAGAUGAGUGGGAUCAUCGGGUGUCUAGGGUGCACUAGGCCGUGGCCGGAGCAGCUGCUUCAGGCGUUUUUCGUCGCGGCAAAAUGCAUAUGGCUGCUCCAUUUGCUGGCGUUUUCGUUUAAUCGGCCUUUGUGUAUUUUGAGAGUCGACGAGAAUGCGGUUUUUGAAGGGAACUAUAUGGAGGAUGUUUUCGGUGAUAGGCAAAGAACACAGGGUGCUCCGAGCAGGGUGAAGGUUAUGGUGAUGCCUGGUUUUUAUGUGCUGAAUACAGUGCUUAGGUGCAAGGUUCUCUGCAGGUACAAAUCUGUUUCCUAAUUAGAACUACUGUCAUUUUUUCUUAUUAAUUUUUAUUUAUUUAUUUUAGUUUUCAUUGUAAUUUCUAUUUUGUUGUUGAAUAUUUAUUUAUUGCUUAGAAGGCUUGUGUUUAGGUUUAUGAAAAAUAUGAAAAUGUAUGUGGCUUUAUUUAUUGUACAUAUGUGGGGAAUUUCUAAAUAUUUUUUUUCGAUAAG